CGCAGUUUCAAAGCUGGGUCGGAGAUAGAGAGAUACGUAGCGUAAGGCGCUCUUUCAGUGCCGUGUGUUUUAUUGAAAAGAGUGACUGAAUAAUUCGAGCGAGAGGCAGGAAGACUGCGCUGGACCAGUGAGGUCAUCUCUUUGCAAAGUGCGUCCGUGGCUGAGCUGUUAAAGCAUAUUUUUCUGCGAAUAAUGUGCGACUUUUAGUCAAGUGAGAACUGCACUGUCGUCAAUACUAUUUAAUUAUCACCGCCUGGAUGGAGAAACUAGUGCUCUGCUUGCUGCUUGUGUCAGUGGCGGUGAGCGAUGCCUCGCGGCCGAAACUGCUGCCAGAGGAUAAAGAGCUGGUACUCAAAGUGGGCGAUGAAUUCACCCUGGAAUGCCACUCGGAAAAGAAAAUCAUUUGGUUGUACCCCCGACCUGGGAUGGAAGACUCUGUGGUGUUAGAGGAACAGACCGACGAGAAUUCCUCGGACUACCCAUUUGUGUCCACAAUAAAGGUCACCACAACUGACUAUCUGGAGACCGGUUACUACACCUGCACGGACGAAGAAAACAAAGAGAACUUAUUCGAAAACCAUCUCGCCAAGAUUUACGUUUAUGUCGAUGAUGACGAGCACCUCAUAGCGCACGACCCAAACGAUUUCUUCAUCGAAGGCCCGGAGAAGGAGGAAUCCGUCAUCCCUUGUAAGCCGACAGCGCCCGACAUCACAAUGACUCUGGAUCCUAAUUUCGACGGCAAUGAGAAUAGUGCGACGAGCAUUUUGAGAAAUCUGCCGUUCAGCAGGGAAAAGGGUUUUACUCUGCCCGGUAUUUUGGAAGGUUACAAAGUCCUAAAUUUCCUCUGCACGGCCAGAAGGAACGAGCGCACGGCCAACAUGACUAUUUCAAUGAUAUCCACACCGGAAACGGAAAAGCCGUCACCGCCACACAUUUCUAUAACGACUGACAACGAGCACGGCCACAUUGCCGAAGGUAAUUCGUAUUUUACCUUGAACUGCUCCGUCAAUCUGAACAAUGAGGUGAAGUUCGUCCUCGAAUGGAUCACCCCUAACAACGAAGCCCAGAAAGAGGGACGGCUCCGCAUCUCUGAAAUGAUUUCGUCUUUAGAAGAUGGGCACAAAACAUCGGCAUUCAGAACGCUCACUGUAGAGCACUUGCAGAGCAGCGACGCAGGACUUUACUAUUGCAAAAUUACCGACCACAACGGACACUUCAACUUGGAUUCCUACAACGUAACUGUACACGCACGGGAUGUUACCUAUUUGGAGGUGGAGGGGACGAGGGCAGAUAGAGAGACGGUGGCAUUUGUAGAGGACAACUAUGUGCAGUGGCUGGUCAAGUUCAGGUCGCACCCGCCAGCUACGGUCAUGUGGCUUGACCCCAAGAAGCAACCCAUCCCCUCAGAUUCACCUAAGUACAAAAUCACAAACCUGAUCAACGAAUCCCUCCUGCGCAUCUCAAACAUCAGCUUCAACGACGCCGGCAACUACUCGCUUAUUCUCGACAAUGGCUACAACGACAAAAGACUCGUCUAUCACCUCGUCAUUGAAGGCAAGCCUAUUAUUAAAGUGGUAACCAACGCAACGCAGUUCCGACCAGACCAAAAUUAUGUGCUGCAAUGCGAAGUGGAGGCCUACCCAGCGCCAACCAUCACUUGGACGUACGCAUCUUGCCAAUCAAAAACCAGCUGCGGCAAAACGAAGUCGAUGGAAGAAAAAAUGACCCGGCGUGUUGGGCGCAAAGAAUAUUUUUUCAUUUCCGAUCUGGUCAUUGUGGCGAACCAGUCAGCCGAGGUCACUUGCAAAGCCUCUAACGCCAGAGGAGAGACGUCGACGACUGUUCCCAUUCUUGUCACAGAUGUUGAUCAAGGAUUCGAGCUGAUAACUCCAGAAGAGUUUGUCGAUGGCUACCCAUUAAAUUUGACUUGUGCCAUCUCAAAAUUCCUGUACAAAAAUAAUCUAGUCUGGGAAAAAGACCAGAAACCGCUUCCCACAGAUCUGUUUCAAACUGAGCUGACGCAGACCAAGUAUUCGUACGUCAGCACCCUUUUCAACCCAAGCAUGAGCCAAUCGCACUCUGGGCAGUACAGCUGCGUGGCCGAGAAACUGGACGGAAUGAUCUACGAGGACCAGUCAAAGCUUGUGCGCGUGCUGGAGGUGGAGGCGCCCAAGUUUAUCAACACUAAUAUGAACGGUGACGAGGUGAAGUUCAACCGCGACACAAACCACCAGCUCGAGUGCAGGGUGGACGGCACCCCGAGGCCGGUUGUGCAGUGGUUCAAGGACAAUGAGCUCUUCAUGCCGAACGAGACGCGCAUCGGCCUUCUAAACAGGAACCAGACCCUCUACCUGCACUACCUUGGCAUGGACGACGAUGGCCACUAUAUGUGCAAGGCCACCAACGCUGGUGGCUCCAUUGAGGCAUUCGUCCACCUCAGGGUCAAAGGAAAAAGACUGGGGACGAUUUUCAUCUCGCUCUCCGUCGUUUUCUGCCUCGUUUCUGUGUUUCUCUUGAUCAUGCUGAUGAAUAAAAUCCGGAAGGAGAGGAAGCUGCGCAACGAGCUGACCAGGGCCGGCCUGCACCAGUUCGAAGUCGGCGCCAUCGAGUGCAUCAAUCCUGACCUGGGGGUCGACGAACAGGCCGAAUUGCUGCCCUACGACAGGAAAUGGGAAAUUGCCAGAGAAAAAAUCAAGCUAGGCAAACAACUGGGUGCUGGCGCUUUUGGAGUGGUGAUGAAGGCAGACUUAAAGACCCGCUUUAGCGACGAGCCAAUCGCGGUAGCCGUUAAGAUGGUCAAGCGACACGCCGACCCUGCUCACAUCAAAGCGCUUGCAGACGAGCUCAAAAUCAUGGUGCACCUUGGCCAGCACCUCAACGUCGUCAACUUGAUCGGCGCUUGCACCAAAAACAUCAUGAGAAUGGAACUUCUCGUCGUGGUCGAGUACUGCUGCUUCGGCAAUCUGCAGCAGUUUUUGUUGCGGCACAGAAAGAGCUUCAUCGAUCAAGUGGUAGACGACGCGAUUGACGCGGGCGUGGGAAGAGACUUGCUCGAGCAAAGUGCGGCUGAGGAGAGGAAAGCGAAAGAAGCCAACGAGGAUAGACCUUCUUCGGUGCGUUACUCGACCAACUCGUUUGAAGGCGCAACCUGUAGCCAGGUGACGACCAACCCGAGCGGCUACCAGUGGAACACGGCCAAUACGGUGAGCACGUGCGCUGACAGUGGGGGCGGCGCAGGAGCCGGCCACUACCGCGGCGAGCCCAGCCGGCAGGUGAUCUGUACCAAGGACCUGGUGUCGUGGGCGUACCAGGUGGCCAAGGGCAUGGAGUACCUGGCCUCGAGGAAGGUGCUCCACGGCGACCUGGCCGCGCGCAACGUGCUACUGGCCGAAGACAAAGUGGUCAAGAUCUGCGACUUUGGCCUCGCGCGCAGCAUGUACAAAAACAACAACUACAGAAAAGAAGGAGACGGUCCGCUGCCCGUCAAGUGGAUGGCCAUCGAGUCGAUAAGAGAUCGCGUCUUCUCCACAGAGUCCGACGUCUGGUCCUACGGCAUUGUCCUCUGGGAGUUCUUCACACUGGCCAACACCCCAUACCCUGGAAUCGACGCCGAUGACAGGUUAUUCCAGAGGGUGGAAGAGGGCUACCGCAUGGAGAAGCCGCGCUACGCCACUACCAAAUUGUACCGCGUCAUGCGAGACUGCUGGAACUUCUUGCCGUCGCAGAGGCCGUCGUUCAGCCAGCUCGCUGAUAUCAUGGAAAAUAUGCUUGGAGACGAUGAUAGAAUGCACUACAUGAAUCUGAGCCAGAAGUACUUGAAACCGACCAUCGAGGUGGAGGACUACCUGCAGGUGAUGCGCGCGCCGACGCACAAAGAGCAGAGUGCGUACGUGAACGUGCCGCAGGGCGACGGCGACAGCUACCUGGCGAUGAACGCAUCGCCGCCGCGUACCGAUGGCAUCGGCGGCGGCGUGAUCACGGACGAUGGCGGCUACCUGCGGAUGAACCUGACGACGCCAUCACCGGCAGUGGCCUACUCGAACCUGGCGCGCAACCCAGAGGAGCUGCAGCCGAUGCUGCCCUCGGCCGUGGACAACCCGCAGUACCUCGACCUGCGCGACAGAACGCGCUCUGAGGCCCGCUCCAGCGGCUUCCACUCGCUCAGCCGCUCGCCUGAAGAGGCACGCGCCCACCCUGAGUACCAAAACGUCAGCGUCGCCGUCUGAGGCCUUGGAUUUGUGAAUCUCGUCAGACUCGAUCAAAUUUUCGACCAUAUCUUAAUUUUACGCGACUUGCUAGUCAGACCAAAUGCGCGUUUGCCGAAAAAUCCGAACAGUGAAUUUUUUAACUACGCGUGCCUUAUUAAGUGACAAAGCAGCAACUCAAAUGUGUGAGGACAAGGCGGAAACAAUCAAAAUCAGCUGAAAGUAUUGUUCCUUCACUGCUCCCAGUGGUCAGAAUCAAAUGGGAGUCUUUAAAUAAGAUUUUUGAUUUUUUUUUGUUUAAAAAAAAUAAUGCAACUAUGUGCACACUAAAUGUGGAUAUUUAUUUCACGAUAAAAUGACACAAUACACGACUGAUUGUUAAACAGAAUACUUUUUGGCCUUAGAAAGAGAUUUUGCUAUGGAAUUUCGGGAACAAUCACAGAUAGAGAUUCUUGGUGCUUGUGGACAAGGAGAAGGAGGAAUGUAUUCAUUUCCAAGACUUUGUGCAGUACUUUUUAAAACACAAAAGAUAAAUAUUUAUAUACCAAUAA